CUGGCCGUGUCGUCUCAUGAAAAUGCGACCCCAGUCAAGCUGAUCCAUAACGCCGCUGGUCAUCUCAACGGUCCCGCCCGCACCAUUGGAGCAGCUGUGAUUGGUUACUUAGGCGGCCGCGUCUUCGUCCCCAAACCUGUCGCCACCAACCUGCAGUACGUGGGCGGGGCGGCGGCCAUCUUGGGUCUGGUUGCCAUGGCGUCAGAUGUGGAGGGUCUGUAUGCAGCCGUGAAAGCUCUGGUGUGUGUGGUGAAGAGUAACCCGCUGGCGAGUAAGGAGAUGGAACGCAUCAAAGGUUACCAGCUGCUGGCCAUGCUGCUGAAGAAGAAACGCUCACUGCUCAACAGUCACAUCCUUCAUCUGACCUUCUCUCUGGUGGGCACGGUCGACAGCGGCCACGAGACCUCCAUCAUACCCAACUGCACCGCCUUCCAAGACCUGCUGUGUGACCUGGAGGUUUGGCUUCACGCCCCCUACGAGCUCCACCUCUCUCUGUUCGAGCACUUCAUCGAGCUGCUGACCGAGUCCAGUGAGGCGGCAAAAAAUGCCAAACUUCUGCGAGAGUUUCAGCUGAUUCCUCGUCUGCUGCUGACGCUCAGAGACAUGACGCUGUCACAAGCCACGGUGACUGCUGUCAGCAACGUCCUGAGUCUGCUGCUGCACGGCUUUACACACACACAAGACCUGCUGAGGUACGCACACACACACACACACACAAGACCUGCUGA